CAUUUUAAAAUAUCAAUGCCACAAGGUUUUUUACACCAUUAUGGAAUUGAAAUUAAACCAGAUUUAUGUUCACGAGUGCUCAAUCGUGAAAUUAUUCAAAGUAUGGUAUCGGCAUUUAAAGACAUUUUUGGUUGUCUUCGACCAGUAUUUGAUGGUCGGAAAAACUUGUACACAAGGGAUCCACUGCCUAUCAGUGAAAAUGAAAUAGAAUUAGAAGUUACACUGGCAACGGGAGGAAAUUGUAGAAUAUUCCAUGUCCGUGUCAUGUGGUUAGACAAAAUUUCAUUUUUUGCGUUGGAAGAAGCACUAGAAGGCCACACAAGACAGAUACCAUACAACACAAUUUUGGCAUUGGAAGUAGUCAUGAAACAUCUUCCAUCAAUGACUUACACAUCUGUUGGCCGAUCAUUUUUUUCUCCUCCUGAUGGAAAUAGCCAUUUAUUAGGUGAUGAUAAAGAAGUUUGGCAUGGUUUUUACCAGUCUGUCAAACCAUCUCAAUGGAAAAUGAUGCUUAAUAUUGAUGUGUCAGCAUCACCUUUUUACAAAGCACAACCCGUGUUAGAUUUCAUGUUUAAAAUAUUGAAUAUAAGUGGUAUUAGGAGUCAACGACAAACAUUAUCAGUUGCACAAAGAAUUAAAUUUGCAAAUGAAAUUAAAGGUCUUAAAGUAGAGGUUACACAUUGUGGAGAAAUUCGAAGAAAAUAUAGAGUUAUUGAUGUUACCAGAAAAUCAGCUCAAUUUCAAACUUUUCCAUUGCAAUUGGAAAAUGAUCUGACGGUAGAAUGCACAGUAGCUAAAUAUUUCUUAGAAAGAUACAAGAGGAAACUAUUUUAUUCACAUUUGCCAUGUCUUCAAGUCGGAGAUGAACAUAAACAAACAUAUCUUCCUAUUGAGGUCUGUAACUUGUUUGCGGGUCAAAGAUGUUUCAAAAAAUUAACCGAAUCAGAAACAUCAUCUAUGAUUAAGGAGACUUUACGAUAUGCUCCUGAUUGUGAGCAACAGAUUAAUUCUUUAAUUCGUCAAGCUAAUAUGAAUAACAAUUCAUAUUUACAAGAAUUUGGUCUUACUGUAUCAAAUAGCAUGACGGAAGUACGUGGUCGUGUUUUACCACCACCAAAGUUGCAAUACGGUGAAGGAACUCUACCUAUUCAGGAAAAAUCAAAGGUCAUGCAGCAAGUAUUGCCCGAACAUGGAGUUUGGGAUAUGAAAGGCAAAAAGUUCUUUAUAGGUAUUAAAAUUAGUGUUUGGGCAAUAGCUUGUUUCACGCCCAGGAAUGUUCUUCUCGAGGAUGUGCUAAGACUAUUUAUAACACGACUCCGACGGAUAAGUAUCGAUGCUGGCAUGCCAAUAGUUGAUCAACCAUGUUUUUGUAAUUAUGCCACAAGGCUUGACCAAGUAGAACCUAUGUUCAAUUAUUUAAAAUCAACAUUCAUUGGAUUACAACUCAUAGUUAUUAUUUUACCAGGAAAAACUCCAGUAUAUGCUGAAGUCAAAAGAGUUGGAGACAGUGUUCUAGGAAUACCUACACAAUGUGUUGAAGCAAGAACUGUUCAUAAACCAUCUACUCCAAUAUUGUCCAACUUGUGUUUAAAAAUGAAUGUAAAAUUAGGUGGUAUCAACAAUAUUCUUGUACCAAGUAUCCGACCUAAAGUAUUCAAUGAACCUCUAUUAGUAUUGGGUGCAUAUGUGAGUCGCCCAUCUAUAGGUGACAUUAGCAAAUCAUCUUUUGCAGCAGUAGUUGGAUCUAUGGAUGCUCAUCCCAUUCGUUAUGCUUCUGCUAUACGUCAUCAACCAAACGGACAAGAAAAAAUUCAAGAGCUAUGUUCUAUGGUCAAAGAACAUCUAAUCGCGUUUUAUAAGUGUACUGGAGGUUUUAAACCACAUAGAAUAAUAUUAUACCGUGAUGGAGUAUCCAAAGGACAGUUUUCUCAUGUCUUAUUACACGAACUUACAGCUAUUCGAGAGGCAUGUAUGAAGUUAGAAAGUGAUUACAAACCAGGAAUCACUUAUAUUAUUGUUCAAAAACAUCAUCACACUAAACUGUUUUCUGCCAAUAAAAAAGAACAAUUUGGAAAAUCUGGAAAUAUUCCAGCUGGUACAGUAGUUGAUGUUGGAAUAACACAUCCUACAGAAUUUGAUUUUUAUUUAUGUAGUCAUCAAGGAAUUCAUGGAACAAGUCGGCCAAGCCACUAUCAUGUUUUAUGGGACGACAACCAUUUCGAGUCAGAUGAAUUGCAAAGCUUAACAUACCAAUUAUGUUAUACUUAUGUCAGAUGUACACGUUCUGUAUCUAUACCGGCUCCUGUUUAUUAUGCUCACUUAAUUAUAUCUAGGAUUAAACGUCAAAUCAUCGAUGAUGAAUAUGACAAUGUUGAAGGAUCGCAUGAAUCUGGCCAUAGUGAAGAUCAAACAUCAAACGUAAUGAAACAUGCUAACGCAAAUCUUACAUUGAAUCUUUAA